GCAGUGAUGGUCAGUGUAAAGGCCACUGUGAACAGCAUGGUGAGGCGUUGUGGAUGUACUGCGCUGUGGAUAGACUGCCCGUGUGCACGCUGUGCACUGACACUCACCGAGACCACCACCUCAGGCCUAUCAGCGAUGCCGUUCGCCACUCCAAGAACGAACUGCGGUCUACUCUGAACGCGCUGAAGGAGAGAAAGACAGUCUUCACUGAGAUCAUGUACAAACAGCAACAGAAGAUUUCCGCACUCACUGAGGCGAUGGAGGCUCUGACCCGGAACGUGUCGGAGGAGUUUGCGGGAAUGCGGCGGUUCCUGGAUCACAGGGAGCGGGAGCUGAAGAAGGAGCUGGCUGAGCAGGCAGGUGCUGCGCUGCAGCCCCUGGAGGACAACCUGCGCUCCAUCCAGCGGGCACUCAUCUCCAUUCAGAAGGACAUCAUCGCUUGCCAGGCCACUGCCAAUCAACGUGACAGCCUGCAGUUCCUCCAGGAAGCCAGCUGGCUGAGAGAGAG